UCUACUCCACCAUCGCCCUUGGCCUGCUCCUUUUCCCCCCAAGGACUUCAUGCGCAGCCGCCCCAGCGCUAGAGCAUUCUCCGUCUGGACACAGCAGCCACGGGUGGUGGGGAGGGAGAGGGCCAUUUUAAAACUCCGGCCCAAUUGUGAUGUAAAUGCUGUGUGACCCUUGGCCAAAAUUGUCAGUGCCCUUACCUGCCCUCACCAUCACCACCACCAAACCCAGCACGGGUUAAGUCACCGCCGCGCCCCCGUCCCCCAGCCAGGCAGGGAGUCGCAGCCCGCCCCGGGGCGCUCCGGGGCGUCUGCGCGCCGCCCGGGAUGACGGGCUCCUUUUCGUGGACGCCGCCUCCUGCGCCCCCAUCGGGCUGCUGGGGGGGCUCUGCCCGGCCCGGUACCGAGGCGCCAUGGCCGGAGCCUUCCGGACCCGGCUCGCGGCCGCGCGGUGUGCGGGGCGGCCCGACGCGGCGAGGGGGGAGUUCCCGGCGAGAGGAACGGGCUCUGUGAGGUCAGCGCGCCGCGGCCCGGGUCACAAUGCAGCCCGCCCCCUCGACGCCCGGGCCGCGGCGCGCCGCAGACACCUGCCGGGCUCCGCCUGGACCGGAGCGUCGUCCCGCGGCCAGGGGUCCGGCAGCUGCUUCCAGCCUGGGACCGGCCUCGGCCUCCGGCAGAGCGCCCCGGGGCCUGGACAUGAGUGCCCAGGAGCCCCCGCAGGGUCGAAGGUUCCCCAUUGAGGCCGGAGACUCCCCUGGCCUUGCCGCCGCCCCCGAGUCCCAGGACAGCCCGGAGCCGGUAGCCACGGAGCACACCCCGGUCAGGCCGCUUCGACGCUGCCCGGGCUGCCACUGCCUGACGCUGCUGCACGUGCCCAUCGACGUCUACCUGGCCAUGGGCGGGAGCCCCCGGGCCCGCGCCACCUGAGUGCGCCUGCGCACGGCGGCUCCACGGGAGCCGGGCGGGGACGAGGCCCGCCGCGGGCCACCACGCUGAGGUCGCGCGCGCCGAGCACGAGACAAUGAUGCACAUUUUAAAAUAAAAGAAUGAUGCACAUUUUAAUAAAGCACAGCAUAAACUGUUCUUUCCACUCCGGGCUGACCGUGUAUGUCUAUCCCGUCGAUCGACCCGCAAACUGCUCCGCUCCUUCCCUCGGCUGCCUCCUCCCUUGGACCCAGCCCUAGAGGCCCGCCCUCCGCGUCCGCGCCAACCCCCCCCCCCAACUCCCUACUGGUCCGGACCCCUUCCAGGGCUACCGUUCCCCUCGGCCCCUGCCCUCAUCCUUCUCAUCCCUCUCCUCGGCUUCCCAAUGCAAUUCCCAUAGCUGUGCUGCAUUCGGGGGUCCAGAGAAACUCUGGACUGGAGCGGCUGGACCGACAACUUAGAAUAAAGAGAACGGCCACCCACACCAGCCCAGUGAAUGCUCCCAAAAUGGAAUUAGCGUUUGCUAUCUGCUGUUCUGUGACCUUGGGCACCUCGGAUUAGGGGCCUCCCAGGGACCAGAAAAAGACCGGGCAAGAAGUCUUUUGAAAAACCUUGAUUUCUUAUUCCUAUUUUACAGGUGAGGUAACUGAGCCUUGAGAGACUUGCACGGGUUCCCCCAGCUGAUGGUUGAUAGGCUAGCACACUCCUCAGUGUCCUCAGACUUAACACUCUAAAAUCCAUCCAUGACCCAAGGCUGCCUGGAAGUAUAGCAUUUAGCUGAGCAAGUAUUUUCCACUUUCCAGUUUUGCUUUAAUGAGCCUGUAUUAUUUUAAUAUUGGAAAAAAUACACAUAACCCAGAGGUCAGGUUCAGUCUCCUGUCCCCUGAAAUUUAAAUGCAAAUGACUUAACACUCCUAAUCCACAUGGGGUAGAAUUCCUAGCCCUCCCUAGAGUACUUCAAAAUCCCACAUUCACCCAAAAGGACCACCGUUCUCGGUUUCCACAUAAAUUCUCUCCCAGGCAGUCCCAAAUGUAGGAGACUUAUUAAAAGAGGAGAGGAGGUCACUAUAAUGUACACCUGAAACUAAUAUUACACUAUGUUAACUAACUGGAAUUUAAAACUUUAAAAAAGUAAAAUAAAAAUAAAAAUUAAAAAAAAAGGGGGGGGCGCCUGGGUGGCUCAGUGGUUAAGCGGCUGCCAUCGGCUCAGGUCAUGAUCCAGGAGUCCCAGGAUCGAGUCCCACAUCAGGCUCCCUGCUCGGCGGGGAGUCUGCUUCUCCCUCUGACCCUCUUCCUUCUCACAAUCUCUCUCUCAAAUAAAUAAAUAAAAAUCUUAAAAAAAAAAAAAAAAGGAGGAGGGAUGUUUGCCAAAAAAGGGUCUACUUCGAACUGAGGAUUUUAGACUUGACCAUUCGGAGCCUGGUCCUUCAAACACCCUCUUUCUUGAAAGCCUUCCCAUGCCUCUCUUUCCCUUUCACCCACCAGAAGAAUCCCUGGCUUCAGGCCACAGUGCUGGCUUCCCUCUCCUCUUUACUCCUCUCCUCAUCCACUCUUAAUUCCUAGAGAGCCCCCAGGGCUCUCAGUUCACUCUAUUAAGUGGAGUAAUCUAGCUGUUUUGAUCCCCAUCGAGCUCCAUCCAGGCAAAGCCUACCCAGCAUAACCCACGCUGCUGCUCUGCCGGAAAAGGGCCUUCUUCCCUAUAAACAGUCACCCCCUCCUUAGAAGACCACUGUAAGCUUAGAGAGAAAAAUAUUAUUGGCCUCUGUAUUGAUGAGGUCUCUCCUUUGCAAGCAACUAAAGUUAACUUACGUUGUUUCAAGUGGCUCGGAGGGAUAUAAGCUUUCCAGAUACAUAAACUUAAAGGAAGAACUGUAGGAACCAGGGUGUGUGGGGGGGGGGCCACCAGGACUACCCCUUUGUUCAUCUCUCAUCCCCGAUUAUCUCCUCUGGGCAGGGAACAUGCCUGUGGCAGUUUGGAAAUCUGCAAAUGGGAGAGGUGCUUUCUCCCGCUCUCAGUUUACCUGACCUUGGGAAGGGCAGUGAUUGACCCUUCUUUUAAGUCGCCUGCGCACUCUUUCAGCCAAUUACCAUCAUCAGGGAAAGGUGAGACUAUGAUUGAUCCAGCUGGGCCAGCAGAACCUACCCUUGAGGUGGAAGCAUGGCUGGGUGAUGGACAGCAUCACCAGAAAAUAACGGGCAGAGAUGGAGAAAAAACAUUCUGGGAGACGAGAGAGUUUAUGUAAAGAUUGGGUAUUCCUCCAGGGAAAGAAGCCCUGAGAGAGAGAGACAGUGGCAGGAGCCAGGGUGACAGCUCUGUUCCAUGGCAAUGAGGAGCCUUGGACAGUGUGACCAGGAGUCAGGCCCAGGUUCUAGUUCAGGCUCUUUCCCUGCCUUGGUCAAUAUAAGUCCACCAGCCAGGCCUGUGCAAGGCACUGGGGAUUCAGCAGUGAACUUGAAGGACCACAGGCAUUGGCCCUCAUGGAACUCACACAGUCUAGCAGGCAGGAGGCCUCACUCCAGCAAGUCCCUUCCUCACUGGUUUAAAAAAAUUAGGAGGCCACCUGGCUGGGUUGGUUGGAGGAAUAUGUGACUCUUGAUGUCGGGGUGGUAAGUUUGAGCCCCACAUUAGGCAUAGAGCUUACUUAAAUAAAUACAUAAACUUUAAUUUUUAAAAAAAGACAGGUGUCUGGGACGCCUGGGUGGCUCAGUUGGUUAAGCCUCUGCCUUCGGCUCAGGUCAUGAUCUCAGGGUCCUGGGAUCGAGUCCCACAUCGGGCUCCCUGCUCAGGAGGGAGCCUGCUUCUCCCUCUGCCUGCCGCUCCCCCCUGCUUGUGCUCUCUCUCUCUCU